GACAGAUAUGGGAAAGUCGGAGAGAGUGAUCAGUAUGGAAUAUGUGAGAAGUUUGUGGAAAUGUUUCGGUAAAAGUGAAACUUACCUGAAAAUCAUGAGACUGCACGAUCCAACAUUAAAUGUGAUGGUGUUUUGGCCUACUGCAUGGAGCAUAGAAUUGUCAAGAACUACAAGACAUUGGCCAGAUGGAUAUCUUCUACUGGUUUUCUUUAUGGAGUCGUUCAUUCUGCAUGGAGCAGGUCUUAUUUUGAAUGACAUGUUUGACAGGUCGAUCGACGUCAAGGUCAAAAGAACUCAAAGUCGUCCUUUGGUAACUGGAGAGUUAACAUACAAACAGGCAGCAUGUUUACUUGUCUUUACUUUGUCUAUUGGCAUAGCACUACUUUUUCAGUUUAAGAGGCAAUGUCUAUGGUUGCUAGUUGCUUGUGCGCUUUGUUCGUCAGUAUAUCCGAUCUCAAAGAAAUUCAUUUACUUUCCAGAAAUUGUUUUAGGUGUAAGUUGUAGUUUUUCUGUGUUAAUUGGCUGGAUUGCUUCGAUAGGAGAGCUGGAUUGGCGUGCUUUGCCAUUGUAUAUAUCCGGUGUACUGUACUGGACGGUGUCAUAUACAAUCUAUAAUUGUCAGGAUAAACAUACAGAUAUUAAAAUCGGGGUAAAAUCUGCGACUUUGAAGUUUGGAAAGAAAACAAGAACCUGGUUGUGGGGUUUUAAUUGUAUGUUCCUUACAACUCUUGCAAUCUCUGGAUACAUGUGUCAGCAAACGUGGCCGUAUUACUUAUUUCUUCUAAUAUCUGGUGCAGUUAUAGCACAUAAGUUAUCAUCGGUUGAUCUCGACGACCCUGCAUCUUGUUAUGAACAUUACUCAUUUUCUGUUGUCGGGCUAACAGUCUUAUUAGGGAUAAUGGCGGGAAAUCUAAUCAAGUAUCUGUAAAUCUUUUUCAAUUGGCGACAAGAAGGUUUAAGCGUGUUAUAACUGUCCAAGUAAGGAAAUGCAUUUGGAAUUUUUGUGCUGACAGAGCGUAGUGAUACCAUCCAUUACACUGGCUGCAUUCAACAGUAUAAAAUGUUGGACGCGGCGUAAAGACAUUGCCGGCUUGCACCUCUCUAUAUAGCCAGUGUAAAUUACAUUACGUUACAACGUUUUACACUAAUGGGUCACCGUAAUAGAAGACUAGCGUGUUUCGUUACCUCUCAUGAUAAGACUCUAUCAGUUUAGUGCUUCUGAAGGAUCGUCUACAUUUUAUUACACAUUUCAUUACAUCUCAUGACUAGAUGUUACUAACGCAUCUUCCACAACGUUCUACUGAAACUGUAUAACGUUUUAAGUGUCAGUUGAUGUGUAACUGGUGUACAAAGUAUUUAGUUAUUCAUUAAUUUGAUUAGCAAUAACAUGAUUUUUUUUUUCGUUGUCUUGACAAUUGUGACACGUGGCGAUGGAAUCACGUGAACUGCAAAUACAACAGAUCGAAUUUCGUUAUACAUUCAGUAAUUUGAUUAGCAAUAACAUGAUUUGUUUUUCGUUGUCUUGAAAACUGUGACACGUGGCAAUGGAAUCGUGUUAACUGCUAUUAGACAACAGGUCGAAUUUCGUUUGGGCCAUAACUUUACUAUAAUGCACAUGAAGUUGCUAGCGCCGCCAAUGGCAGAAAUACUGAAAAAAAUCUUCUGGCGUCACAUUAUUUACACAAAGUUUUCAUUCUAACAUUACACUGAACCUUUGGAAAUUACUUAAUUACAAGGUUAUCAAAUAAAUAUUAAAGUCUAGCUGGUAAACCUAUAACCGAACAGACUGUUAGACUUCUAAUAUUAUAAGAUAAGCGAAGACCGCAUUCUAGCACCGUAAGCUCUUCGUGGGUCAGAUGCAAUUCUUUGCAUGAACUAACUGAAAAUCCCUAUGGUAAAACGUACAUUUAACAUAACUAAGCUAUUGUAUGCUCAGGACUGGUUUAAGAGCUUACAAUGCCUUUCAUUCUGACAAGAACGUCACCUGCUAUUUUUCCAAAAUUGAACAAUGCAUAAAUCCAGAAAAAGAAAGACAACUGAAAGCCAGUACUAUGAAAUUGUCUCUGUUUUAAGCAACAAGUGGUUGUAGUUAUAAUCUUAGCCACAAAAUAAAAAACUAGAUAUUUUAGAAUAGAAUCAGAGACAUUUAAAUGGCUCAUAAAAGGCGAAUAAUUGUUAUAAUUUAGUUAAGUUUUUUCGGCGCACCAACACAAUGCAGAUAAUAUGGCGCCAAACAAGACUAAAAAGUUUGGUUUAACAUCUUCUUUUAAAUACGUCGAUAUGAAAAUACAAGUUAUGGAAUAAAAAACAUAUGCCUGCUUGAAUCACAGAGAUACAGCAAAAUCAGAGGUUCAUAUCCUGUUAGCCACCUCUGACGAACAUGCAGCAACAAAAAUUAAUUUAGAAACUAAUUCAAACGGCCAGGGUAUGUAUGUGUGGAGAUGUUUAGUAUGAUAUCCUGAUAAUAAUUAUCCAGCUUGAACGACAUAUUGCUGCGGAUAAUGUCAUAACAAAAGUGAAAAUACCAUCCCAAAUAUAUCAUUAACGUAGUAGAAAGACACUGUCCAUAUUGUAAAUGCUUUGUAAAGUUAAAACUUGGAACCUGAAAACCCCGCUUGUAGAACCAUCGGCUUUCCGAAAGCCAGCUAGAUGGCUUCUUCUUAUAAAAGGAUUCAACACCCAAGCGAGGUUGGUUUCAAAUCCACUGCGGUGAGGGCAUGUGAUUUGAAGUCAGCGACCAUAAUUACUUGGCCACGGAGACCCUAUAUUGCCUAGCAAUACAAAGCAUCCAUUUUCCAAAAAUAUACAUACAUGUAAUGUGUCACAUGUAUUUCAAGAAGUGUUUUACCUAAAGUCAUGGAACUUAACAGGAUUGCUGUUCAUCAUGUGAAGGUAUGUGUCGGGGAUUUGUUUGUGAUUUCACUUAGCCAGACCAGAGAACUUUAUGACCAUUGACUUAGUCAAAAAUAUACACAAAGGGACUAAAUGUUUAUGUCGCAUGUAUCGCAAAAAAUAUUUGACCUAGGGCCGUGAAACCGUAUAAGAAUAUUAUUCAGUAUAAAAAGUUGUGCACCUUGUGUUCUGUUUGGAAUUUUACUCUGCAGGACCAGUGUUAUGGCCCCUGACUAGGCAAAAGUACGCGUUUAUAGCCCCUACUUUUGUGUCGCAUGUACCUUGAAAAGUAAUGAAACUAUUUAGGAGUGUUGUUCAGGAGCUGGUAACUCUAAACUUAUGAUAUUACCAAAUUUACGAGGUUAUUUACGAUAUUGUUAAGGUAAUAGUAAAGUAACACUUUUUGAUAACUAGAAACAGACCUCAUCAG